AUGGCAUUUCCCCAAUCCAUAAGGCAAGCCCAAGUGCCUAAACCAUGUGAGUUGUGUGAAACAGACACAAACAUUAAAUGGAAGUGUGUACAAUGCAACACACAUAUGUGUGAAAAAUGUAAGAAAAUUCAUUUAAAAGUUCAAACUUCAAUCAGACAUGACAUUGUUGAUGCCUAUAAUUCAGUAGCUGAAAAAGAUAUGGAACACACCAUAAUUACCAACAAUAUUCCAUGCCAGAGUCACAAGAAAUUCAACUGCAUGUUUUGCAGGACAUGUGAUCGCUUCGUUUGUGCAGACUGUAUAACUGCCUUCCAUAAAACACAUGACCUUGAUUCAAUUGACACAGUGUGCGAUGAAAGAAGGCAAAGUCUAAAACAACUAAGAUCGAGAUUGUUUGAAAAGGUAGCACGUUUUGAAACAGAAGAAGAACAAAUCAAGGAUUUAAAAACUAAAUACAACAAUUUUCUUGCUGAAUCUGUUGAAAAAAUUAACCAACAGGAACAGCUGAUUAAAGUUGAAGUCAGUAAAUAUGCUAAUGAACUCAGAAAGCAAAUGGAAAGUGAAAGGCAAAGGAUAAAAAAUUCGAUGCUUGAAAAAGAAAAGCAAUAUGAAAAAAAUAAAGAAAAUUUGCUAAAAAAGCAAAGCGAUAUACAAGAAGUAUUAGAAUCAGAGCAUGCAGUUAACGUUUUCACUGCUCAUAAAGAAUUUUGCACCAACGAAGUUCCAGAUGUCCCCUUCGAGACACUUCUUGAUGAAACAAAAGAUUUCAUUCCGCAGAAAGAUAAUUUGAAGAACAUUUCCAACUUAUUUGGAUCACUUCAAAAGACAAAUCUACCAAAGGGAUUGUCACAAAUCACUUUUGAUGUAAUCAAGAGUUAUACUACAAAUAUAAAUACUGUCGAAAAAGUAUUAAUACUUGAUGACAGGACAGUUUGGAUUUCUAAUCAUGCGUCCUCUUGUUUACAUAGAAUAUCUGUUAAGGAUUGGAGGGCGGUUGCUAUAGACAGGGAGGGACAUGUUAAAUGGGCAUAUCAGGGAAAUCCUCAAGUCAAUAGCGAUAAGCUAUUUUAUCCUAUAGAUAUAUUAACGACAUCAGAAGGACAUGUUUUAGUGAAUGAUGUAAUAACCAAUACCUUACACGUCUUGUCUGGAGAGGGAGAUCUACUGACAUGUCAUGCUAUGAAGGAUCAGGGGAUAUUUCAUCAAUUUUCGAUGGAUAUUGAUUCAAAGGGACAGCUAUGGGUGGGAUGUCAUUCAGAGAGCGAACAGAGAUCAGAUGCUAGACUACAUGUUGUAAAGAUGCUUUUUUAA